CCUAGUACAGUGCAUCAUGCGUCCCAGCGUAGUACUAUUUGCAGCAAUGUUGACUAGCCUUACAGUAGGAGUGCAUCACCGCACUACUGACCGUUUGUUGGUGGAUUUUGUUACACUCAAACACUGCCACCAUGCCAUCAUUUUCGAUUGCCACUCCUCUGCGUUCGAUCGUGCCCAAGUGCUAAAAGUUUCCCACAAUAGCAGCACGCUCGUUCGCUUCGUCGACAUAGCCGCGAACAGCACGCCAUCGAACGUCGUCCGAGCCUUGUUCACACCUCGCCAGCACGCCAAACUGUGCGCCGUGCUCGACUUUGCCUGCCCGGGAGCGCCGAAUCUUCUGGAGGAAGUCUCCAAACAUCGCUACAUGAACAACACCGUCAGCUGGUUGCUACUAUCUCGCAACAGAACAGCCGACUUGCUGCCGAGAGUGCUCUGGAACACGGCCGGAAUUCAGAUGAACUCGGAUCUUGUUGCGGCCAUUGAAACCACCGACCAUCGAGGGGUGUUUAAUCUGUUCGAUAUCUACUCCAAGGGUCGCCAUCUGUGUAAAGAUAUCUUCCAAACGCUGCUGGGAACGUGGAGCGCUGACGGUGGCUUUCGGCUGACGCCCAACUACAGCCCGUACAAGAUUCGGCAAAACUUUAACUUCCUGCAGCUCCGGGGAGUUACCGUGAUCGAUCGCGAAAAUGUAACAUCGGGCAAGGUCGAUCAGCUGUUGGGUGAACCGGGACUGACCAAGGGCAUCGUCGCGUUCGUUAAGUAUCAUUACGCGCUGCUGGUCGUGUUGCGAGAUUUUCACAACUUCACCAUCAAAUUUCGUCCAACGCGCGGCUGGGCCGGCCGCUUACGCUCCGGCUAUCGGCUGGGGCUGCUCGGUGUGGUAAAGCGCCACGAAACGGAUGUCGCCGCGACCGGUAUCAUCAUGCGGCUGAGCCGCCAGCCGGAACUGGACUCGAUCCACUACAGCUGGGCCUUCGAAACGGGUUUCAUCUACAAAAUCACACCGGACAUUGGGAGCAAAUCGGAAGGAAACGGUUUCGUUGCUCCAUUUUCGCUCCCGGUCUGGGUGGCGCUGCUCCUAUCGCUCGCCCUGUCGGUGCUGGUGCUGCAGUAUCUUGCCCGGCUGUCCGCGGACGAGCGAAACACUCGCGCUACGAUGGCGUACGUGCUGGACGUGAUGGCGUGCGUCGCCCAGCAAGGUGUGCCGAACGUUUCGCGCCUGGUGCCGACGCGCGUCGCCGUGAUCGUGCUGCUCGUCGCUAAUUUGGUGCUGUACAACUACUACACCUCCACGGUGGUCAGCGGGCUGCUCAGCUCGCAGAUGAUUGGGCCGGAAACGAUCGCGCAGGUGAUCGACAGCCCGCUGCUACUGUCCCUGACCGACACGGGCUACCAUCGGAUACUGUUGCGGGAACAAACGCUACCGUACAGCACACGGAUGCACGAGCGCAAAGCGUUGCCGCCACGGUCACCCAACGAUCUGCCCCUGUUUACGGACGUCGAGCAUGCGGUACCGUAUCUGAGACGCGGCGGACACGUGCUGCACUGCGAGCUGACAGAGGUUUAUCCCGCGAUCGCCAAUCAGUUCACCGCCAACGAGAUAUGCGAGCUGCGAACGGUUGAAGGAUUGUACCGGUACGACAUACGAGUGAUGGCUUUCGUGCUGCCGAAACACAGCAUGUACAGCGAGCUCUUCAAGAUCACCUUGAUGCGGGCACAGGAAACGGGGAUCGUAAAGCGGAUUUAUAGGAUCCACAAAAUAGCGAAACCAAUCUGCCAAGGAAGUGCAACGGUCUACUCGGUGGAGCUGACGGAGGUUUCGCUAGCGUUUAUUAUAUUGGGAGGUUGUAAAAGACGCCAAAAGACGCGGUGGCUGGUGCAGGCCGUGGCCGCUUGUAUCAUCAUUUUACAAACAAAUAUGUUUGGAACUUCUUUCUUGUUAGGCGUUUUGUCUCUUUUUAGGGUAGAAUAUCAGUACUCGAGCCUGGAACGUUCUGAAGUUAUUCCAUCCUAUGACGUAGUGGCAUCCGGAGUUUUUCAGAGCUUGCAAGACAAACCUUUAAACGCUCGCAUAUUGUUACAAUCUUGGACUUAUAGGUUGGGCUUCAUAUUUCGUCUCACGCCAGAGCUGAACGGUGCAACGAGAGAAACGAGCUACUUAUCACCAUUUACCGACACUACGUGGUACUCCGUCGCCUCAGUACUGGCCCUCGUUCUGGGCGUUUUGCAAUGCAUAGCAAUAUUUCAUGCUGAGCUAUCGUCCCUCGCUCGCAAUCACUACCUAAUUGACACGAUCGGUUUGAUUGCUCAGCAAGGUACCGCGCAGAGUUCGGCAUACAUUUCGCUGCGAAUCGUGCUGUACGCGGUGCUGAUUAUGGCUUUCCUACUGUACAACUAUUACACCGCAUCGAUCGUCGGGGAAUUGCUUAGCAGCUCGAACCAGGGCCAAGCAGCGAUCGAUCAGCUGCUCAAUGCGCCACUCGCCGUGAUGUUCGCCAACGAUUCGUACAAUCGGGCACUUGCGGUGGAUAAUGGCACUGGCGGUUUAAUGCAACAGUUUGUACGGCAGCAGCACGUCAGGGUACCGGACGCGAUGACUUCCGAUCGUAUCUACGCAGAUGUCCGAAAUGCUGUUCAGCUGCUGAAGCUGGGUGGUUACGCAUUUCACUGUGAGCUGACCGAAGCCUUCCGAGCGAUAGCCAGCCACUUUGAUGCGCACGAAAUAUGCGAACUGCGUACGAUGAAAGGCUUGUACACUGAGCUGCCAUUGAUGAGCUUUGUGGUACCGCAGGGAAGCAUGUACGCUGAGCAGUUCAAAAUCACCCUUACGAGAGCUACAGAGAUAGGAUUGAUAAAACGGCUUUUAAAAACAUACAGCAGUGAUCAGCCAACUUGUCUGGGUGGACCUUUGGUGCAUCCCGUUGUCCUGGCUGGAGUAACAGCGCCUUUCACAAUCCUCGCCGCUGGAUUUGUUUCCUCCUUUGUUAUAUUUCUACUUGAAAAGAUCAUAUACUCAAUGAAAACGAUGAGUCAACCGUUCUAAACAUAGAUCGCAGACAAGAUUGUGUGCUGUUUAGUGAUGAUUUGUAACGAAACUUGCAACAAUAAAUGCACAAAAUAGAAGCAUUAAUUCUAGCAACGCCCUGGAGUAGUUUGGUCGCGGAAGUUUGAUGCACAUCCCCUUACAACUCGGUCCACUCAGGCGCAAUGCAACUAAAAACCAGUUGCUGUGCGUUCUACCAGGGCCAAAAACUAGUUCAAAGCUCGUGGAUCGUAAAACUGCAGUCCCUCCCAACGGUUCUGAUUGUACUUGGAUUGCGGCACGGUACACUUUGUAAAUGUGCAUCAAGAAACAUCAUCGCUGGGCCAGAGGCCCUUACGAUGCAUCAAACGACGGUGGCAUCCGUUCAGGGGCUAAUAUUCUCCAUUUUUUCUGCUCUUACUCGACACACCGAGGACAAUAAAAUGCACCGGCUAACGGUUCGCGUCGGGCGGGAAGGUUCCCACCCCGAUACUCGUGCGAAUCUAUGUCUGGCACUCAUUGUUUUGGUGUCAGCCCCUUUGGUACGGACAGGGGCCCCGAAACCUUAGUAGACAGGGCUGCACUGGCACCGGUCCUAGCGUUGGCAUGUGGUGCAACGAUGCUUAAAAUGUUAAAGAUGAUAUGUUAAAUGCUCACACGCGCUGCGUCCACUCUCUGGGCCCGCGUCGGCACGUUAAUAGACGCCCUGCUAGGCUUGGGCAAUAGAAAUGUUAAGUAAAUUAUUUGACUGCUAGCGCUGUUCAAUAAAAUGUGCGCAAUGAGCACAGGCCGGGGGGGGGGGGGCUACUGGUUAGCGUGCGGCGAACUGCUGCAAACUCCCCUCCUCUCCUUCCCCGCCCGGUCAAUCAAAACACUUUCCAGCUCAUCCAGCUGGUAUGAUAAUAGUCUUGUUGACCUGCGCGCUACACUCCCCGAGCCCCGAGCGAGAGGCCUUGCCAUGGGGGAUUUUGCGCGGGCGCUUCGUCCACAAUUGAACCGCGUGUCUCCCUGCCGCCUGGCCGGGCUCCUCGCGACCCAGGGUUUCUAGAUCCCAAAGCAAAAGAUCACCCCAUGCUUACGCACCCGUCCACCUCACGCAGGUUCUCCCACGUCCACCGACACGGGCAGCGGUGGUGCGCGCGUUGGCUCAUUAAAAAUGCAAUAACGCGUUGAUGAGCAAAGUGCAGAAAUGUUGACCAACCAUGGCUUAUAAUUAGUCCACUGGAAGACGCUGCAGCCGGAUGCCGUGGAAGCUAGGUUAAGCUAGGCCCAGACCGCCUCCCUUAUUCCUCUCCGUAUCACGUUGCGAUCACAAGUCUAAAGUGAUCGUCGUGACCGGCUCGCGGUGCAGUAGGGGGAGAACACCCCGCUUUUAGCCCAUUUCUGCCACCAUAUGUGCCAUCUUCAAUGUUCCUCAAAGCGUGGUGGCCAGGCCCACAAGCUUGAUCGCUCGUAAAACUGUAGCUUAAACCUGCGCAAAACGGUGCGCGGUGCGGCUGCGUGAUCGGUGCGGGCCUGGGGUGGAACCCGCUAUCGAUCAUAACCUAUAAUGUGUGGAGGACAGUAAUAAUAUAAUUGUAAUAAUCAACCGUAAUAAAAGAAGCGAAGUAAGUAAAACAUAAUAAUAAAGCGAAGAGUUUAAGAUCGGCGCGGCACCGCAUGCGAGUGGGCCUCAAUUUUCACCGUGCGCUUUCUGCCCGGCCCGGCCGCUGCUGCCUCUGCCCAGGAACUGUGAUGUGCAGCUUUCGACGAUUCCAUUUACACCCUCGCCAGGGUCCGUUGAAAGGGGGAGAAGAUAAACCAGUUUUGGGUAGUGCAGUCGGGGGUGCAGUUUUCUAACGUUAAUUAAAAGGUUUCGUUUUGCCCGUUUUGUGAACUGGCGAUGCAUUUUGCAACGAUUUUUUGAAUGUCAAAACCAAUGGUAAUCCCCACACAAUGAACAGGAAGAAUUAUUAUACUUUCUAUUACACAUGUUGAGCUAGCAGCAAUGGUAAACGAGCAUUAUGAAAUGCCUUAUGAGGCAUACAUCGUGAGGUUUUGAUGCAACAAACUACUAAAAAUUACGUCAUAGUACUUGCCGUAACACAAAGCAGCAAUGAAAAAAAAAACAUGUAAGUAGUUUCAAAAUGUAUUUAUCAGAAAACCGUUUUAGCCUUUUUUUAAUUAUUCAUAUUCAAUAGUGGAACGGUCGUCUUUGGUAUCUUUAGCCGAUACUUGUUAAUUCUUCUAUGGAAGAAGUGACGUUUUUCUGUAAAUUAAUAUUAAUUAUCAACAUGAUAUGUUCCAAAACUAAUUCCCAUAAAAAAUACCAACAGAUUUUGAACAAAAAUGUAGUUUGUUUAGUAUUGAUCCAGCAACCGAGCUCUGCAGCUAGAGAUCCAGUCUCUGAACAAAUGGUUUCAAGGGAAAAUUAGUAGUUAUGAUUUAUGAGCCGAGAUUUCAAGCAUAAUUGGUGGAACAAUCGUCAUCUCGCAAGAGCUAACGACAUGCCCGUCGUGGGUUCAAGUCUACAAUGGACCGUCACCUCGUAGCAAGAACUGACUAUCCAGCUGUGUUGUACUGAACAAGUCUCGAAAGUCUGUAUAGCCCAUCAUGACCGCGUUUUGUUACAUAUUCGUUCGUCAAUAGGUCAUUCCCGUCAAUAAGAAGAAGAAGAAUAGUAAACAUAUACUAUAAUUUUAAAGUCAACAUCAUGCGAAAUUUUGGGAUCAAGCCCAAUGGCUUGGCUUUUAUAAAUUUAGAAUACAGAGAGCAUAUUCUAAUUCAAAACAAAAGUAUUGCUUUAUGGUGCUUCUUUGUGAAAAAUCUGUGAUGUAUUUUUCACACUGUCUAAAGGAUGCAGUUUUUUUAAUCGAAGCUGAUUCGCAGAUAGCGAUAUUUCCGCAAACUUAUCAUAAGUCAAUUGAGGUUGCGUGUCCUAGAUUCAACUCAGUACUCCGUUUGGCAUAACAAUAAAAUGAACGAUCAAACUUAUUUUCCGAGAAAAACCAACUUUGAGUUUUUCAUUAAAUAUUUAAAAAAAAAUUAAAAACAAAACACUUUGUUAAUUGUCCGUCUAUUUCUCAUAGUGAGGUGCAAACGAUUUGACAUUUCGGUCGAAUCACACGCACACACACACACUAUCAACAAACAAAGAAAAUCAGCUGUUCCGGGAAGACUUCUAUUGAAAU